AUGGCGAGACGGUCCUACUCGCGGGGAGGGCAAGCCGGCGCCUUCCCCGCGGCUCUGUCCACGGAGCAUCGCGGAAGCUUCCGCGUGGAUGACUCCGAGCGCAAGGCGCACCACCCCUCCCUCCACAAGCUCCCACGCGGCGCGCGCGUCGUUCUUUUAGCCGGCACCGUUAUAGUCACGUUUCUCGGGUUUGCCGCGUUCGCGCUCUCAGGGUCCUUCCGCCAAGCCCUGCUGAGUCAGCUCCGCCCAUCUUCCGCCAAUCCUUCCGCCGACCUCGCGCUCGAGGUCGAUUCCACAACUAGUGCUCGCGGCGAUGAGCAGGUGGCGGAGGAGAGGGGCGGGGAGAUCCGCGCAGCGGAAGGAGAAGUUAACCAGGCGGAAGGAGAGGGCGGAGGGGAAGGGGAAGGGGGAACAGAAGGGGAGCAGCAAGGGGAGAAGGCGGGAGAUAGGGAAGAGGAGACGCGCGGGAAUGAGGGCAGGCGGAGGAAGAGCAGGGGGAAGCGGAGGAGGAGGCGGAGGGUGGUUCAGGGCGAUCGCGACAAGUGGGUUACCGAGUUACGGAAGAAGCCGUCGUGGCGAGUCGUCAGUGGCUUCCAGGGCGUGCCAGCAACUCAUCUCAUCGCGGAUUCAAACUCCCUCGCCUGUGCCCUCGUGGCAACUCCCCAAGCCUUUUUCACCCAAGAGAUUCGGCACCACAGACAAGAUCCAGGAGAAGAUGGGCAUCUUUUUGUCAGCAGAGCAGCGCGACAAAAUACUGCAGCAGCAGUGCAAGCUGGGCCACAAGUCGGCACGUUCGCCGGCAAUCUGAGCCGCAUCCUCUUUGGCGCCGCCACGCCUCUCAUUCCCGGCCGCCGCCUGCACUGGGGGGAUGAGCCGCACCUGUGCUUCGGGGAGGUCAUCUUCCCCUUGCAUACCGCUUAUUCCACGAACGCUACAGAGUAUGUGAGGAGGAAAGCUUAUGCCUGGGCUGACGCGCGACUCACUGCUGCCGUCACUGGCGCCCCUGCUGAUGAUACCGGUGAUACUGAUGGUGCUGCUGGCACUGCUGGUGCUGCCACUGGUGCUGAUGCUGGUGAGGGGGAGGAAGCAGACUCAGAGGAUGGAGAGGAGGCAGAGCAGCAGCUGCAGCAGCGGAGGGAAGCGGAGGAGAAGCGCAGAGAGGAGCAGCUUUCAAAACUCCCAUCUCCAUUGCAGGUGACAUGGCUGUACCGGUCCAAUCGUCGCACGAUCACGAACGUGGGAGACGUGCUGCAGCUGCUCACAACACACUUCCGCAUGCCCAUCCACAUCAUUGAGCUCUCGGAGUCCACACCGUUCGACCAGGUGGUUCACACGAUGCGCCAUACAGCCUUUGCCAUCGGAAUGCACGGCUCUGCCCUCGCCAACCUCAUCUUUCUCCCCUCAGGGGCCUCCUGCCUGGAGCUCAUCCCCUACAAGUACCGCUACUUCCCCUACCUCACCAUCGCUCCCCUUUUCAAUAUCAACUACCACCAAUGGACCAAUGAGAAGCGCGAAUUCGCGUCGUUCGAUGACGGGUGUUUUGAGGGGAAGUGGGCGAAGCUGAGUCCGUCGGAUUGUUGGAAGUUAAGGCCGUGCUUGCGGUGUGUGCGGGACCAUGCGCGCACGCAUGUGGAUCCUGAGAGCAUUGGGCCUGUGCUGGCUGAUAUUGGACGUGAAGUGCGCAUAUGGAUUGGCAUGUAUGGCUUGCCGGCUGGCCUCUCGAUAUCAGGGGGUACUGACGCGAUUUGGGCCGUGAUUAGCGGCGUUUUGCCUGAGUCAGCAGAUGUGCACGGCGCCACUGCCACUGACCCGUCAACUGAACCUGGCUCACCUGCAAUUUCCCCACCUGGCAAUGCCGCGCAGCGCCACACACACCUGCUUCGUGCAGGAUGUGUGUCCUGCUUGGAAGCACCUUCUUCCCUCCCCAGCAGGCCCCCACCCACCGACCAGUCUCUCCCACGCACCCAACCCAGUCUCUCCUCGUUUCACUUCUCCUGUACUGCCUCCUCGCUAUCUCGUCCGGUCGAGGGUUUGCAAACCACCCCACCACCACGCUCUCACACAGCUAGUGUAGGCCCAGCUCCUGCAUCCAUCCCUCUUGCCCUCGCCAUGGCUGCUGACGAAACCACCGAUGGUGACGACGAGGCACGUCGUCACCAGCAAAAAUCACUCCCGCGUACGGGCCUCAGCUUUCUACAAAUCCCCGCUAAGAAGCUGUUAGAUCCGGAGCCCGUAGUUGCUUCAACAGAGGAUGAAGCCCACGUGGAUGAAGCGGGGCGAGACUUGCGGUCACCCGAAGUUUGCACUACCACGACGGAACCUGAACCUCCAGAAGCGACGGCUCCAGAAACAGAGAUUGGCGAUGCGGCUGGCGACUCUGCGAACAAGAAGCGCAAAGAGUCAAGCAAUGGCGGUGGCAAGCCGUGGUGGCGACAACCGAAGCCCUCUUCGAAGCGGUCGGCCCGUCCAAUCCGACGAGUGGAGGACGCGGGGAGUGACGACGACGAGGAUGACGAUGGCCUGCCGACUGUCGAAGAGAUGGCCCGUUACCCCGAAAUCGCUUUCGCUAAAGCGCAUAAGCGAUUCAAGACGUCGUGGGAGUCUUUGUUUUCGUGGCUAAUUUUAACUCGUGAUGACGUUGGUUUCCCCAUUUUGAGAUGCAGCACGUGCUUGGAACAUGGAGCUGAAGGCGCGAAAACGGCCUAUGGCAAGGGAGGCAGUGGAGGGCGUGACAUGCAGAAGGGGAGCAUCCGGACGCACCAACGGUCCACCGCACACCAGGACGCACACGCCGAGACGAAGUCGAAGUUGAGCCGGAAGCUUCGUCAAACGAUGCUGAGCGAGUUCGAGGGCUUGGAUCGCAGCACGCAUCACAUCAUCACAGCUCUCAAGACCACCGUGUUCAUCUGCAAGUCGGAGGCGCCAAUCACCUCGUACGUGGGCACGAUCAAGUUCAUGGCCGAGCUCGGAGUCCCGAACCUUCCCUUGGAUUCCAAGGGAAACUACUUCUCGGAGUAA